AUGGUGCCAGCGAUAGCCUUGAUUCGCUUUUUCCCUUUUCUCCUUCAUAUUCUACUACUCCGAGCAGCAACCGCCUCGAAAUGUUCGAAGGACGAAUUUUCAUGUACCCUCGGUGACCAAUGUAUUUCGCUGGUGCAGUGGCAGGAUGGGAUUGAGGAUUGCGUGGAUGCCAGUGACGAAGUGUGUCUCCCCUGGCAGUUCGAUUGCAAGUUCGGGAAUCCGCGGUGCGUGGAGACAAAUCGGGUGAAUGACGGGACAAUCAAUUGUCAAUCUGGAGCCGAUGAAGGCUGUCCACCUCACUACUUUGUAUGCAGCGACAGAUCGGCAUGCAUCGAGCCAACAAAGUUCCAGGAUGGCGUGAAACAUUGUAAAGAUGGAAGCGAUGAACCCUGCAACCCCACCCAAUUCUCCUGUCGAAACGGUGGCUGUAUAGCUGCUGAACUUUUUCAAAAUGGCCACGAUGAUUGUAAGGAUGGAAGUGAUGAAGAAUGCACUGCCUCCCAAUUUGAAUGUACCUGCGGGACCCCACGAUGUAUUGGAGCAACUCUUGUAAAUAAUCAAUAUCGUGACUGUUCCGAUGGAUCCGAUGAGGGGAAUGGGACUCGAACAACAUCAUGUGACGAUGGUACCCCUGGGAGAAUGGCUUCUGUCGCUACGUUUUCGAAAGAAACUGCCCUUUGCUCAAAGCCAAAUCCGUGUCCUGAAGAAUUGGGCCAAGUCUGCAUACUAGUUGGUGGUGCAUGGCGAUGUGUCUGUAAGAUUGGAUUGGUGCGACCAGUGGGGUCGACCAGAUGCAUUCCACCAUCACUCCUCCCGGCUUACCUUGCAAAUCCAGCAGCCAAUUGCACGGAUUAUCAAAAAGAUGUGCGACUACAGAUUGGGAGAUUGAAGAAUACCCAUCUAAUGGCAGCAUUACAAUUCGAACAACCGACGCACCAGCCUGCAUCGAUACUUGACAGCUCACUAGAACUGGCUGAAGAUGUGCCUCCAACAACUGUUAGCAAAGAUGCACAAAUGGUGAUGGGAACGACGAAAGAUGGGGCUCAAUCUGAUGUUACGAAACGAACAGUCGACAAUGAGAUGCAGGACCUUGAAACAAUGCUUCCGGAUGAGGAGCUAUACCGUAUGCUUAAAUCCGAGGGCAGCUGCCAACCAACCGGUCCGGCUGAUCAAUGCCCGGGCAACAACACUGCCUGUAUCUUGGACCUUCAAGGCUUUUAUUAUUGCGGAUGUGUGCAGGAAGCGACGCUUGUCGAUGAACAAUGCGUUGUGCUCGUUGAUGAAUGUUCGCAAGGAUUAAGUGACUGCGACCCAAACGCCAUAUGCAUGGAUAACGAUCAUGGCUUUGAAUGCCUGUGUCGAGAGGGUUACCUAGAUGUCUCGGAUCGGCCCACAUCACGACCCGGCCGACGUUGUAGGCGAUUGCUUAACGAGUGUUCGGACCCGAAGCUCAACGAUUGUGACAGAAAUUCGAAAUGUAUAGAUAAACCGAACGGAUUUACUUGCAGAUGUAACUAUGGGUAUAUUGAUGUGUCGCCAGAAGGGGCAAGAAAACCGGGAAAGAAAUGCCAAAGAUUAGUUGAUGAAUGCGCGAGUCGGGCCCAUGAUUGCGACAAAAAUGCCAUCUGUGCUGAUCUACCUCAAGGAUAUUCGUGUCGAUGCAAGGACGGCUUCGUCGAUGCAUCUACCGAUAAUCAGAAGCCGGGGCGAUUCUGCACGCAAUUCAGCUCCGAUGAGACGAAGGAAGGCUCUAUCUGCCUGAAUUUUGGCAACUCGACAAAGUGCUCGUGUGCUAGUGGAUAUCAAGACACUGACAAGCAAAACCCAGGCCGCAACUGCGCAAAGCUGACGACAGACAAAAGUGAGGUUUUCAUCGUCAUACGCUCG